AAAAGGCUUUCGCUGUCCCCUAGCUCCUCCCUCUCUGUACCGUGUGACAACAACAACUCAUCCACAGAGCGGAGCUGCACUUUUCAGCUCAUUUUCCUCCUGUCAUUCCUCCUCCUAUCUUUGAUCAUUGUCCCGCCGCUCAGCCCCCCCAAACCCUCACCCAGCACGCCCUUUUUUCGGCACAGCUCUUUUUACUUCCAAACUUAUCUGAGGAGCUAAACUCUGGUGGAUUCUUUCAUUUCGGGGGUGUCUCGGCAGGCUGGGUUUUCUACUUUGAACUUCGGCUACUCUCUUUCCCCUCCUGUAGGUGACCAUGGCCGUACCGGCUGCUCUGAUCCCACCAACUCCUCUGGUCCAACCGCCACCGAUCUCGACUUCCUCCGCAACCACGUCCCCGCCGUCGACAACUUCAUCGCCAUCUCCAUCCCUGGCUCCUCCAUCCGGACCCGGACAGAACCUGUUCAGAUCAGAGCUGCUCGCCACCAGCAGCCCGGGCAUCCCGAACCCGAACGCGGCUCUUCCACCCGGCAAACCCGUGUACUCGACCCCGUCGCCAGUUGAGAACAUACCGCAAAACAAUGAGUGCAGGAUGGUCGAGUUGCGCGGUGCCAAAGUAGCCUCUUUCACCGUGGACGGCUGCGAGCUCAUCUGCCUUCCUCAGGCUUUCGACCUGUUCCUGAAGCACCUGGUCGGCGGACUGCACACCGUUUACACCAAGCUGAAGAGACUAGAGAUCACGCCGGUGGUGUGCAACGUGGAGCAGGUCCGCAUCCUCAGAGGGCUCGGCGCCAUCCAGCCAGGGGUGAACCGCUGCAAACUCAUCUCCAGAAAAGACUUCGAGACGCUGUACAACGACUGCACCAACGCGAGCUCCAGACCUGGCCGGCCCCCGAAGAGGACCCAGAGCGUGACAUCACCAGAGAACUCCCACAUCAUGCCCCACUCAGUCCCAGGCCUUAUGUCCCCUGGCAUGAUGCCACCCACAGGCCUGACAGCAGCAGCGGCAGCAGCUGCCAACGCAGCCAUCGCAGAGGCCAUGAAGGUCAAGAAGAUCAAGCUGGAGGCGAUGAGCGGCUACCACAGCAACGCCAACCACCACGGGGCCGACGGAGAGAACGGGGACCUCAGCUCCAGCGUCGGCCUGGAACUCCCCUUCAUGAUGAUGCCACACCCCCUGAUCCCAGUCAGCCUGCCUCCAGCCUCUGUCACCAUGGCGAUGAGCCAGAUGAACCACCUCAGCACCAUCGCAAACAUGGCAGCUGCAGCACAGGGCCAGAGUCUGCCCUCUAGAAUGGUUACCUCUGUUAUAAAACUGUUGGGGUUUCAGGAACGUGUGCCGGACAGUCCAUCCCCUGUUCCUUCCUUAGAAGACCACAGGAGGCCAGGCAGUCACCCGUCGUCCCACCGCAGCAGCAGUGUGUCCAGCUCCCCAGCCCACACAGAAAGCUCCUCCGACAGGAUACCAGCACACCACAAUGGGCUGUCCAUGAACCAAGCCCUGCUAGGCUUGUCCCCCAACAUUCCACCAGGACCUAAAGAGGGAGACCUGGCCCACGACAUGAGCCAUGAAGUAAAGAGGAUGCAUGCUGACAAAGAUGAAAACCUGAUGUGCACCCCGACAGCAAGAGACAGCUACGAGAGGUUGUCGUUUGCUGGUCAGGCUCUACCCCCUGGCUUUCCCUCACCAUUUCUCUUCCCAGAUGGCUUGUCAUCAAUAGAGACUCUCCUCACAAACAUACAGGGCCUGCUCAAAGUGGCAAUUGACAACGCACGGGCUCAGGAGAAGCAGGUGCAGCUGGAGAAGACGGAGCUGAAGAUGGAGCUGUUUAGAGAGAAGGAGCUCAGGGAGACUCUGGAGAAGCAGCUCGCCAUGGAGCAGAAGAACAGAGCAAUCAUUCAGAAGCGUCUCAAGAAGGAGAAGAAGGCCAAGAGGAAACUCCAAGAAGCUCUGGAGUACGAAUCCAAGAGGAGAGAGCAGGCUGAGCAGACACUGAAGCAGCCCUCACCCUCUGACAGCAUGCGUUCACUCAACGGUCAGAAGCUCCACAACUCCCUGACCCCUGAGAUGGAGAGUGACCGCAGCAGUGGAAGAACAGAUGCUGAAAGGACAAUACAAGAUGGAAGACUCUUCCUGAAAACCACCGUGAUGUACUGAUAAGGCCGCGAGGAGCCGGAGGAAAUCAAAAUUUCAGAGAAAAAAAAAAAAUGAGAGAGAAACAAAAAAAAAAGAAGUAGAACGAGAGAAAGAAAAGAAAACCCAUGAAGAUUCUCAAGAGCCCUUAUCCAGGCUGAUUAUAAUUGUGGAAAGACGUCAAGCUGCUUGUAGGAGUUCAGUGGAAAUGCUGUGUUCACCCAAAACGCUGGAGGAGAGAUUGUGUGUGAAUGUAGACUAAGAUCGUCACAGCGGCCAACGUGACAUAGUUUGAUGAGGCAAGUUUUGACAUUAGCGGAUUGGCCAACGUGAAGGAUAAACGUAUAUAUUGAGCACAGUAAAAACGUACCCGUGGUACACUGUUGGUAAUAAACGCAUACAUUCACAGCACUGAAGAUUUUUUAUACUGUAUCUCAGCCAGCGAGAAAAGCUUCGAAAAAGAAAUUCGAAAUGAAGUUUCCUGUUUUUGUUUUGAUUCUUUUUGUAUUUCCAAUUGAAUUUUGAGAAGCUAAAAAUGACGCGUGGAGAUGAAGCGCGUGGGGGGAAAAAAAAGAAUGUGAAUCCAUCCACGCGUUCGUCAAAAGAGAAGACUGACGCUUUGAUUUUAAUGUUUUCUAAAUUAGAUGACAAUACAAUCAAGUUUCCUUUUUACCAUUGUUGUACAUACAAGAUUGGAUGAUAAUGAUAGGAAAACUCCCUCUGUCGAACCCCAGUGGAUUGAUAAGGUAUGUGUAUAUAACGUUAAGAGGUAUUGUGUAUGCAGUAGAGCUAUUAGGCAAACAAUACCACAAUUUAUAUAAACCUACAGUUUUGUUCUAUUUCUGAGCCAUCAUUCUUUCCUAUAGCUGCCAUUUUUGGUGAGAAAGCAUGCAGGCAUGUAAAUGUUUGUCCUGGAAUUAUGAUAUUUAAUAAAUCCUAUAUUGUGCUGAACAAAUACUAGGGUUGACUCACCCAAGCCCAGUUGGUUUUGAAAACAUAACUUCUCAAACAUUUCACUUUCAAAAAUGAAGAAAUGAAUUUUUUUUUUUUUUGUUUGUUUUGCUGUUGAUAGUACUGUAAUCUUUGUAACAGAGGUAAUAUUUCUUGGAAUUUACUGUACAUUUGUCAUGAGACACACUCGAAAAAAUCGACACCUCUCCAUACUUUUCAAAAAAAAAAAGACAAAAAAAAAAGGAUGAUCACGUGUUAAGAAACAAUCAGUCGUGACACGGUGUUUCCAGAUCUCCACGCCGUUUAAUUACAAGGCUCGAUUCCCUGUUGAGCCCACACACACACACACACACACACAGACUUUUUUAGAGUGUGUCACACGAUAUCCUGAUGAGAAGAAAAACUCAUAAUAACUUCUAAUUUUCUUGUUACUUUCCCUAAAGACUUUUGAAACACCUGUGUAUAUUCUCUAGACAUGAGCUGAUGUCAGUCGUUUAACUGCAAACCAGUUUAGACCUUAUGUGUUACAAUCAGGAGACGAGGAAGACGAGGAGGAGGAGGAGGAGGAGGAGGAGUGUCCCAUGUUCACAAUGUGUUUGUUCUUUUUGUUCUCUAUGGAGUGUCUAGGUCUGUUGUCACUGAUAACUUAUAUAGCUUCUCGAAUCAUCUCUUCAUUGUAUUUCAAAUUCAAAUAAAGUUAACAUGUUGAUGAUA